CGCACGCACGCACGCACAGUCGCGCCACAGUAUACACAGUGGCGCAACUCCGCCGAGCCGAGUUUGUUUGCUAGAGCAUAGUACGCAUGCACGGAAUAAGGAAGUUACUUCGUAACACAAUCUCAAUUUUUAUCUCUUUUUUUUCAGCACUAUUUAACAUUUGUUGUUGAAGCGCACUACAUGAGAAGAAAAAUUCUAUCCAUAUUGUUGACUCUACAAGUCGAAAAUCAAAAUUACGAAAAGAAAUUUGCUUCUUACUUUCAUUUAUUAUUCUGUGUAAUUAUACUAUUACUUUAUUUCUUUAUCAAAGACAAUGCGGAAUCUCAUAGGUUUUUGAAACUAAUUUUUGAGAUAAUUUGCGCGAUUAUUGGCAUUUACAAAAUGACAAUCCACCUUUCGACUUUAAAUGAUGCAGUUAGGUUAUCAUUCUAGGCGCUGCUAAUCGUCCGUGUAUUUCAAAAAUUAAUUCCAAGAUACUCCACUACGAGCCUCUACUGAUUUUGAUCGAGAGAUGAGAUAGUAGUAUAGCUCAACGUCGAAUCAGACAGAUUUAUUUUUCAAAUAGUUCAAUAGCCGAUUAGCUAUAAUCUAUAUUUUUCUUUAGUACAAUAUAACAACAAAUAAAUAAAAUUUUAUUUAAUAUCAUAAUGUUUAAUGUAUAUGUAAUAUGUUCCUUUUUUUACUUUUUAACAAUUCGCUCUUUCGAUUAUUUAUAUUCAACUUCAGCUGAAUCUAGAGCUUUUGGCAGAUUAUGAUAUAAAGAAGAGAAAAUUUUUAAGGCGUCAUUUUUUGGUCUUACUUAAAUAAGAUUUAUUAAUGUUUAAUGUUCUUUCUGAAAGGUGCUUGGUUGUAACAUUCACAAAGAUAAUUAUGUAUUUGAUAUAUCAUUUUUUUACCAGCGUAAUUUUUGCGAUGAUAAACGCAAUUAUCGUAAUAUAUAUGUGUCAGCGUUUUUUCCGAGUGAGGAAAGAACAUUAUCAGAUCAUGGCUGAAGCUGAGAGAUUUAUUUCGAUUAUUUCUGAAUCACGUGCGAGCCUCGACUAUAUCAGCUCAAAGAUAUCUGAAGAAAUGAAUGAGAUGAAGGAAGACAUUGCCAGAGAAUUAUCCAUUACCGAUCAUUUAACAAAGCUGAGCUCAAAAAUAGGCCUGUUGCUACAACGUUAUUCCGAUUUGGAGCAAGAAUUGAUAGAGGAGGUACGAAAGAAACACAACAUGAAAAGCGUACAAAUUGAGACACCGGUUGAUAUCAACGAGGAAGUUAAAAAUAUUCUCAUGGCGAUAAGAAAGAAGCAACCCCAACAAUUGGAUCGUCCGCAAACGCCAAGAAAACUACUAAUAUCGACUACCACUUCUGCGGGGAUAAAAGAUUCUCAGCUGCAAAAUCCCAUCGCGAGCCCAAAGCUUUUCACGUUACAAUCGUGCGAUUUCAUCGAUUUUUCGAAUGUAGUAACAUACAAGAAACAAGAAAAACCUCGAACACCCGUUCAUCCUGAGGUACAAUUGUUAAACGACUCGAGACCUGCAGCUGACACAAAACCAAUUGGAUUUCGGCCGUCCUGGAAGUGUGAGGCUUGAAAUAAUCAGAAAUCAAACUUGUUUUCGUAAUGUUCUCUGUUUUUUUUUCUUGAUGAGUGUAUUUCUUGAAGACAAUGGAGAAAAAAUUUUAAUAGUAAAAUUAAAUGGAAAAAUAAACAAAUAAAGAAAGUAUAAAGAGAAAUAUAAUGACUGAAAAUGGCAAAUAAAUAUUGUUCUCUCUAUUUGGGUAGCACAUUUUUGCAGACUGACAGCGUAUGUAAAAGUACAGAGGAUGAAUUACGUGAUACAUCAUAUCGGAUUUCUAUUCUAUUCAACCAAGUUUCGUCUAAAUGACAAGAACGUUAACUGUUUCAGAUAAUUCCAAAAUUUGUUACAAGAAGAGAAAAAUCUUUGCAGAGUCACGUGCUUUGGACAUGAAAAUAUUCUGAAUAUUCUUGCGCAAUUACAAUCUUUUUAUUAGACGAGUUUUCUCAAAGAGAGAGACGUUCCAUAAAUUUGUAUUACUUAUUGUUUUGUUUCUAAUUCUAUCACGUUGAAUAUAUAAUCUUGCGCAAUAUAAUUCUCAGAGUUAAACAUUGAGUAGAAUUAUUAUAUACAAUUAAUUACACAUGCAUAAUGUACACAUGCCGUCCAUAUAUAUAUAUUAAGAUAUGGUUAUUUUUACGGCGUAACGUGUCACAAGAAGUCUUUGAAAAUUGCAACAUCGAGAACAUGCAAGAGUCUUUUUAGAAUAAAUCCAAUUACUUUACUUGACAACAAUCUCGAAAUAAAUAAUAAUUAAUAUCUGCGCUCUGAUAUAUUCUAAAAAUUCUCAUAUGUAUGUGUGUCCAUAAAAUCUUUUGUAAGCGUAAUCAAGUAAAAUAUAAUAUCGCUGCAUUCUCUUAAAAUCAUUUGUUUUAAUUUAUUCAGCAAGUUUGUUUGACAGAAAUUUUUUAACUAUCAUUUAUCGCGUGUUUAAUUUCUUAUCGUAAAUGUAUCAUAAUUUCUGUAAAAAUAAAAUGUAAGAAAUGAU